GAUGAAGUUAUUGUGCUUUAACACGAUCGCUAGUAAAAUCACGUGACAUUGAGAUGUGUGAUAAAACAGUGGCUCCAGUUGACUAACUCAGUGUUUGGUUUCUCACAACGAGACAGUGAAUCCAAUGGACUAACUCAGUGUUUGGUUUCACACAACGAGAGAGUGAAUCCCGUGGACUAACUCAGUGUUCGGUUUCACACAACGAGACAGUGGCUCCAGUUGACUAACUUAGUGUUUGGUUUCACACAACGAGAGAGUGAAUCCCGUGAACAAACUCAGUGUUCGGUUUCACACAACGAGACAGUGAAUCCCGUAGACUAACUCGGUGUUCGGUUUCACACAACGAGAGAGUGAAUCCCGUGAACAAAAUCGAUAUUCGGUUUCUCACAAGGAGAGAGUGAAUCUCAUAGACUAACUCGGUAUUCGGUUUUUUACAACGAGAGAGUGAAUCCCGGGGACUAACUCAGUCUUUGGUUUCUCACAGCGAGAGAGUAAAUCCCGUAGACUAACUCGGUAUUCGGUUUCUCACAACGAAAGAAUGAAUCCCGUGGACUAACUCAGUGUUCGGUUUCACACAACGAGAGAGUGAAUCCCGUGGACUAACUCGGUGUUCGGUUUCACACAACGAGAGAGUGAAUCCCGUGGACUAACUCAGUGUUCGGUUUCACACAACGAGAGAGUGAAUCCCGUGGACUAACUCAGUAUUCGGUUUCCAACAGCUAUAGUUGUUUUUGCUUUAGAAACUUAACUUCGCUGUUUGAACUCGGUGAUUGUCUAAAACUAAAAGUCAUUUGAACCGAGGUUGGUGAUACACAUGGUCUCAUUUUGUUUGAACGUUUUGACUUUUUUUCCCGUCAAUAUUUGGAUUUUUUGGGGAGUGACAAAAUAUGCGUUUGCUUCUUAAUGAAGUGAAACUAUUUUACUCUGUUGAAAAGUAAAUAAUACAAAGGAUACAGAAGAACAGUAAACGGAGUUUCCUGGAGUUAACUGUACCGAAUAUCCUCAUCGGGUUAUAUAUAUAUAUAUAUUGGUUAAGAAGGAAUUUCGCUUGCUAAAGACUGAAGCUGUAUUUUUAUCACUUGGGUGUUGCGUUAUCAGGUCAGUCAAAGAGGUGACUAGAGAUUAAGCCAGAUCAAGCAACUAAACAAUUCAAACAUCAGAGCUACAGAACAUGGCGGAUAUUAUCCGGUAUCAAAGUCAUCCGUCUCGUGAAUCGGCUCCCUCACUUUUUUACAACUAUCGUCACCGUAGGGACCGACGUCACUCUCCACCCAUCAUUCAACCUUCACGGCUUUGUCCCCUACAUCCCUCUAAGAGGAGUUACAGUUGUGAAAUGGUCCUCGACGGACGAACGGACAGGUCCUUUAAACACCGCCAUGGACCGGAAGCUAACAUCCAGAACGGGGAGAGAGAUACAGAACAGAAGCCCAAGUUUAUUCCAGUCACAAGACUGGAAGAUGAAGAGGUCAUCAGAACUGUCGAGUUCCAUCCCAGCGGAAGCUUUUAUGCAAGUGGGGGUAAUGCGAAUACCUUACGAAUCUGUGCAUACCCAAAACUGCAAUGAACUGAGUGAAAACUACGAGACUCACGAGCCGACAGUAUUGUUGAAGAGGAUGAAGCAUCACGAGGGGUCUAUCUACUGUCUGGCCUGGAAUGGAACCGGCGAUCUUCUCGCAACAGGCUCCAACGAUAAGUCAAUCAAGUUGACAAGAUUCAACCAAGAACUUUGCAAUGUAGAGGGUGGCGUUAUGAAGCUGGCCGUGCACAAAGGAACUGUACGAGACUUGUGUUUCAUGGAAGACUUGAGUAACCGGUCCAGCCUGCUAAUCAGUGGCGGCUCCGUGGACAAUAAAAUCUUCAUAACCGACUGUGAAACAGGAACGACAUUCCAGACCUUUACUGGACAUUGCGGUACAAUUCUUUGUCUUUACACGUGGGGCGGCGCCAUGUUUGUCAGCGGAUCGCACGACAGAACGAUUCGUCUAUGGGACCUACGAUCCAGAGGCUGCGUUGACGUCAUAUCCGCUCCAUCAGCUUCCGGUACUGGACCAGGGAGCUCAGUAUGUGCAGUUUGUGUUGACCCCUCAGGUCGCCUGCUUGUCUCCGGCCACCAAAACUCCACGUGUAUGCUAUAUGACCUCACUAGUAGGAAGAUUAUCCAGUGUUUCGAACCUCAUACUGCCGAAAUCAGGACCGUUCGCUUCUCGCCCAAAGCUUAUUAUUUGCUUACUGGAUCGUUUGAUCAGAGGGUAGUUUUAUCUGAUAUGCAAGGUAAGUCAAAUUUGGGAAGCAUUUUCUGAACUUGACAAAUAGGU